CUUACACCCCUCACUCACCUUCUCUCUCAGCACACGCAUAUAGCUCGAGCUUCAUUCGGAGGUGAGAGUGACCACGAGUACACUUGUACGAACACACGAUGGCGGCGAGCGGCGGCGGCCGGGUGGUGUGGGUGAACGGGCCGAUCGUGAUCGGGGCCGGGCCGGCAGGGCUGUCGGUGGCGGCGUGCCUCAACGAGCGCGGCGUGCCGUCAGUCGUCCUAGACCGCGCCGACUGCGUGGCCUCGCUGUGGCAGCACCGCACCUACGACCGCCUCCGCCUCCACCUCCCCAGGCGCUUCUGCGAGCUCCCUGGGAUGCCCUUCCCGGAUCACUACCCGGAGUACCCCGACAAGGCCCAGUUCGUGGCCUACCUCGAGGCCUACGCGGCCCGCUUCGGCGUCCGCCCGCGCUUCAACCAGUCCGUCACCUCGGCCCGCUACGACAGCGCCGCCGGGCUGUGGCGGGUGCACGCCCAGGCCCACGAUGAGGACGGGGUGGUCACGGAGUACAUCAGUCGGUGGCUCGUCGUGGCCACGGGCGAGAACGCCGAGCGCGUCCUGCCGGAGAUCCACGGCAUGGAGGACUUCGAUGGCCCCGUGUCGCACGUCUCCGAGUACAAGUCCGGCGCUCCCUACCGGGGCAAACGCGUCCUCGUCGUCGGCUGCGGUAACUCCGGCAUGGAGGUCUCCCUCGACCUCUGCCACCACAAUGCUCUCCCCGCCAUGGUCGUCAGAGACUCGAAGGUGCACGUGCUGCCGCGGGAGAUGCUCGGCGUGGCGACCUUCUCGGUGGCCGUCUUCCUCCUCCGGUUCCUGCCGCUGUGGCUGGUGGACAGGAUCCUCGUCGUCCUCGCCUGGAUGUUCCUCGGCAACCUCGAGAAGCUCGGGAUCAGGAGGCCGUCCGGUGCAGGCCCGCUGGAGCUCAAGAACGCCAGGGGAAGGACUCCGGUGCUUGAUAUCGGCGCGCUCGCCAGGAUCCGGUCCGGCGACAUCGAGGUCGUGCCGGGGAUCAGGAGGCUGUUCCGUGGGGGCGCGGAGCUGGUUGAUGGAUGCCGCGUGGCGGCCGACGCCGUGAUAAUGGCCACCGGGUACCACAGCAACGUCCCGCAAUGGCUCAAGGGAAGUGACUUCUUCACCCAAGAAGGGUACCCGAGGGUGCCAUUCCCAGAUGGUUGGAAGGGGGAGUCAGGGCUCUACUCUGUUGGGUUCACAAGGAGAGGCCUCUCUGGUGUCGCCUCAGAUGCUGUCAAGGUUGCACAAGACAUUGCCAGGGCAUGGAAGCAUCAAACUGCCACAAGAUAAAGGAAGCAUACUAAUUCAAUUUCUAAAGGCUUAACCCUGACGAACUUGCUAACUUCAUAUAUCUUGUAAGUGCCAUGGCAUGGAAGCACCAAACUGUGCCACAUAUAUAUGUCACCCACCUAGCUAGCAAACCAUUCCAUUGUACCAAGAUUUGUUCGGACCAAAACUGGGGGUGAAAACAGAAACAGAUUCUUCCACAUGGUUCUGGCAUCUGGACAAAUGGUGGUGAAGCUUCAGAAUUCAGGGGAUGGAUGAUUGAACAUUUCCUGAGGCCAGGUUGAGUGCAAUCAAGUAGAUCGAGCCCAAUUUUUGUUGUACCCAUGGGCGUUUUUAUGUACAGAAUGUUAUGUAGUAGAUCUAAUGGUUGGUAGAGACUCUGAGUUGGCAUUCAUGUGUAGUACAGAAUCUAUAGAUUCAUGUUUACGUAUGUGAAGGUCGCAAAGACCAA